CCUCUCAUUUAUCAAAUCUCUUCUCUUCCCUCUCCCUCCCUCCCUCGCUCUCUCUCUCUCUCUCUCUCUCUCUCUCUCUCCGUUUUUUUCUUCACAAUUUUGUUUGUCCGCCUCUUAACUUUACUUCCGCUCCACACUGCAACGUAUUGCGCUUGGUUUCUGUCUGUUAAACGAUUUGAAGACUUGAUGCCGGGUCGAUCUGAUGGUUUUAUCUCAUUGUCUUCAUGUGUCUGAAGACAGUGAAGAUGACCAUAAUGGCGAGGAUGAUGAUACAAACUGAGAUGAUUGUCAUUUUUUUGCGAUAAUCUGAUCUUGAAAGGAAGUGUCUGCUUGGAUUAAUUGUAAAUAAAUGCACUUUCUAAAGCAUUUUCAGCAGAUGGGUUGAUAAGUUUUGGUUGAUUGUAAUUUUAGUUUUGAAGUAAUGGCUAUAGCUGGUCUGCAGAAUGUUUCUGUGCUUGAUUCCUCUUUCCUUUGCGAGUCUCGGUCGCAAACAUCACGGAGGAGAGGAGGUGAAGAGAGCAGAAGCACCCGACCAUCCCCACUCUUGCAAAUGUGGCGGGAGUUUGAGGAUGAACACGUGGCAAGUCAUUCCCAUGAGAGGGUCAAUGAAAGACUGCCAGAAGAAGAGGUUAAUGGGUUGACUGCUGACCUUGCAAGGACAGAUAUGUCUGAAAGCCUAGGCAGUGAACAUGGUGGUGGAUCUGAGGAAGCAAGUGUGAGUGAAAAUGAGUUUGUACAAUGGUCUCCAAAUCGAUUUGGGACACAAAAUGGGCAUGGGGAUCCUAGCAAUCUUAAUUAUGAUCGUUCUUCUCGUUUAGGGGAAGUUGAAAGGGAGAGGGUAAGGCAAAUUUUUCGGGAAUGGAUGAAUACUGGGGCCAGAGAAUGCCCAUCUAAUAUUUCUCGUAUGAACCAAACUCCAAGGGCUGAAUGGCUGGGUGAAACUGAGCAGGAGAGGGUGAGAAUUAUAAGAGGGUGGGUGCAACUGAAUAGCCAGCAAAGAGGUGCUUGUGGUGAUAGCAGAGAAGAACAAACAACCGAAAUGGGUGGUCAGAUUGAACAAGUUCUUGAUGGGUUGGUUGUCAACCAAAAUGACCAAACUGAGCAUGUCCGGAGCCGGAGGGGCAUUCGUAGAUUAUGUGGCAGACAAGCUUUGCUUGACAUGAUUAAAAAUGCCGAAAGUGAAAGGAAAAGGGAGCUUCAAGGUUUGUUGGAGCAUCGAGCUGUAUCAAAUUUUGCUUAUCGGAACCGCAUUCAAUCGCUACUUCGAGGUAGGUUCUUGCGAAAUGACCGAGUGGUUGAGGAUGAGAGACCCAGGUCCACAGCAGCUAGGGAGUUAGGUUUGUUGAGGCAAAGACAUACGGUUUCUGGUCUAAGGGAAGGAUUUAUCUCCAGGUUAAGCAGCAGCCAUUCUGAUACCUCAUCUAACGCUGACAUCAAUGGUAACCGAAAUGAACAAUUCCAAACAAACAAUUCACAGGAAGUUAUGGAUGAUUUUCGUGAACCAUCUGAACUUGAUAAUGACGAAAAUGCAAGCCACAGUUCAUCAGAUGGUAGAGCUGAUAUAGGAGUUGAUAUUAUUGAAAAUGUAAAUUUGCAAGAAACCACUGCUAGUGUAGAAGAGUGGCAGGAACAAGUGUCUGAAAAUGAGGAUAGAGAGUGGGAAAGGUCAGCCAAUGCUGAAAUCACUGAGAGGAGAUAUAAUGCUGGACGGGGCUUGAAUGAAGACUGGCAGGGCAAUACUGCAAAUGAAUUGUCUCAAGAAACUUUGCGAAAUGAACAUGCAGUGAAUCCUCAUCUGGGAGAAACUGGUGAAGUAUCAUAUGAACUGGCUCAGCGAAGUCGUGAGGAAAGUGCAACUCAUGGAUCAACACAUGCUGCAGAUAAUUUAGAAGGCAACUUGAUUGAAGAUGUGGUUGGGCAAGAAUCUGCUGCUAUUGUAGAGGAUUGGCAGGAACAAGUUUUUGGAAAUGAGGAAAGAGAAAUAGAUUGGCAAGGGGCUAGUUUAGAAUCUAAUGAAUGGAGAGAUGAUGAUGGAGAAGAUGUUAAUGAAAAUCACCAGGAAAGUGCUGCUAACCAAUGGACCCAAGACACAGAACAUGAUCAUCUACAAGAUGGUUUUCAAGAGGCCGUACGGAAUUGGUUAGAAGGGCCUGCCGAUACAGAAACUUAUCCUGUUGGAAGGAUGGAUACAGUUUAUCUACCUGAUGAUGAUAAUGUGUAUAAUACGGAACUCAGGGAACUCCUGAGCAGGAGGAGUGUGUCUAAUCUUCUUCGUAGUGGUUUCCGUGAGAGUCUUGAUCGACUGAUACAAUCAUAUGUGGAAAGGCGAAGUCAUGCUCCAAUUGAUUGGGAAAUACAUGCAACAUCUACUGCGGCUGCAGCUGCAUCAGAAGAACAAGAUCUAGAGCAGCAAAAUGGGGAUCAGACUGAAGGCCAACGGGAUGCAGUUGAGAGUCCACCACUUGGUAUGCCUUCACCCCCAGUAGCCCCUGUUCAGCCACUCUGGGAUCAUGCAUCUCACCAGGAUCAUUGGCCACCCCAUGACAUCCAUCAGCGCUUUGGGAUUGAGUGGGAGAUCAUUAAUGAUUUAAGGAUUGACAUGACUAGGCUGCAGCAAAGGAUGAAUAACAUGCAGAGGAUGCUGGAGGCCUGCAUGGAUAUGCAACUUGAGCUGCAGCGCUCAAUAAGGCAAGAAGUAUCUGCUGCGCUGGAUCGUUCAGCUGGUUCACCAGGAAUAUGUGAAGACACUAUGCCAGAAGACAGAUCUAAAUGGGAUUAUGUGAGGAAGGGAGUUUGCUGUGUAUGUUCUGAUAGCAAUAUUGAUUCCUUACUGUACAGAUGUGGGCACAUGUGCUCAUGUUCAAAAUGUGCAAAUGAGUUGGUCGAAAGUGGAGGAAAGUGUCCAAUGUGUCGGGCUCCUGUAGUGGAGGUGAUUCGUGUAUAUUCUGUCUUAUGAUAUUAACGAGAAUUAAAUGAAAGGGUAGAAGUUGGAUUAACACAGUAUAGAAUCUUAAUCAGUUUUUCCCCCUGGAGUCUUCCGGGUAUUUCUUUUUUUAUUUAAUUUCUUUUUUGGUUUCUUGCCUUGUGAUCCAUAUAGUCAUAGUUGAGUGUAUGAUUGAUGAAACAAAUGGUGUUGAUUUAUUUUUCAGAUCUAAAUAAAUUAGCGAGUGGAAAUAUCUUUUGCUUACAAA